AUGGAUACACAACUGGAGACACCGAAUUCGCUGAAGCGCAAACGGGCUCUGUUAGCCUGUAUUCCUUGCAGAGAGCGUAAGCGAAAAUGUGAUGGGCGUGAACCCUGUUGUACAUGCACGUCUUGGGGCUAUGACUGUUAUUAUCUUGCGCGCCGGCCGAGAUCCCGCAAAGUGAGGGAUCCCACCCCAGAUGCCCAGCCUAAAGCCCACUCUCCACCAAAAAGUACCUCUAGGCCUAGCAUUACCGAGCCCAUCGAGGUUGAGGCCGACCGGGGUGGACUGGUGCGACGCAUGGAGGCCAAUUCAGGGGCCGCCUUUGUCAGGAAGCUUGGCCUCAAGAUCGAUCCUGCCAAAGCUCCCAAGCUCAAUCUAUUUAGCUGGAACAUUGGCACCAGACAACCGGCAUCUCCAAUCACUUCGACCUCCACAUUGCCGAUUGUAGAGAUCGCAGCGCUUGAUCAUAUGAAGGCUAUGGCUCUGGUUUAUUUCGAUAAAGUCCACCCAUGUUAUGGAUUCAUCGAUCGGGGCGCCUUUUUCGAACGACUAGAUCUUCGUUGGAAAUCUCCCCUUCUAUGGGAUAUCUACGAUAGUACACUAGCAGGUGUGGCGGCUCUCGGGUGCUUGUUCUCGUUGCGAGAUGCUACAAUCACGGAGCAGCAUCUCAUCCGGACAGCUCGUGCCGUGCUAGACAUGCAGCAUCUCUCUGGUCCUCCGUCCAUCGAUCUAUUGACGGGAUGGACUCUGCGGUCUAUUUAUUUGCGGAUGACAGACUCACCACACUCCACGUGGAUUGCUAGUUCCACGUUGAUGCACCUAGUCGAAGCUUCAGGACUCCACCCAGAGUCACAUUCGGUUCUGCCGCCAAGAGUGCAGUGUGAUCCAGAUAUUCAGAGACGGCUUGUUGGUGUUGCACAUCAUUUGAACGUGUGGACUUCUUAUGACCUCGGUCUCUCCAGAGUUUCUUUCCAGAAAAACGAUCUUCCAGCGCUCCCAUCCCCAAAGCCCGGUGACUGUACAGUUGAGGUUCUCCGGCUCCUCCCAGUCUCCGUCAGCCUUGAUCCAGGCAGGACAAAAGAUGAGACAGAUCUCACCUCUACACUUUCCAGUCUUCUAGAAGGUACUCAUACUCAGCCCCCAUCGGUUAUGGCGCAGUGUAACCUUGUUCUCUGUAUCCUUCGACGCAUCCAUACCCAAAACCUCGAUAUCCCUUCUGAGCUCGCGGCGAAGGUGUUGCGAUUGUUGAAGAAAGGACUUGGCUGCGCACGAGGUAUGGUCAUGGACUGCUCUCCAUGGCAUCAAGUUGCCAACGUGCCUUUUCACAUCAUCUGCGUUCUGCUUGUCAUGGACACUCGUUCGUCUCUUGCCAUGCUCCCAGAGGCGAUGCAGACCGUCGAGCUAGUCGCUUCCACAUAUGAUACCGAAACGAUGAGGGAGGCUUAUAGGGCAGCCUGUUUGCUCGUAAUGCUGCAUCAACAGCGUAGGAAAGAUGACCUUGCGGUUCUCGGUGAGGCGCUGAAUGUGCAUCAGCAAGAAAGUCCGCUCGAAUCGCCGCCACAACUCGAUCCUAACUCCGAGGAGUAUUCAUGGCUGGGUGCACUUGUAGCUGAUUUGCCUGGUCUUCAAAGGGUUGAUCUUGAUCAGUUCCUGAACGCAGAUAUGAUCGAUACCUCGUUAUUUGAUGGCUCGGGUUGA